UCGUCAGCUCCGUCGAGGUGGCUCAGCAUGUCCCCGAAGUCAUCCGCUUCCCGUUGCAGUGGGGAUACAGGAAGCGGCCUGCCCCUGAGAUCCCGACUGGGGUGCAAAACUUGCAAAAUCCGUCGAGUCAAAUGUGGACAAGAAAAGCCCAACUGUCUCCGAUGCAGCAGCACCGGUCGCAAGUGCGAGUACGUCAAGGCUGUGGCGGGCACCUUCUCGUCCGCCUCGCCUCCUUCCACCGCAGCCCUCGAUCAUCCCCUGGCGUUUGCCCCCAACACCGUCUGGAGAGAACGUCGUGCUUUUGCCUACUACUUCGAACGCGUAGCCCUGUUUGUCGGGGGUGAUCUGGAUGUCGAAUUCUGGGGCACUUUCGUGCCUCAGCUGUGUCAGGGAGAACCGGCCGUGUGGGAUGCCAUCAUCUCUAUCAGUGCCCUGUUCGAGACGCACGAUCAACCAAAAAGUCUGGUCUCCGUGCCGCCCAUUGACCAACCGCAGAGUGAUGCCUUGGCCUGGUACUCGCGCUCCGUCUCGGCUAUUCGUCAGCGCAUCGAGCGCGGGCAGGUCGACAUCUUUGUGGGACUGAUUACUUGCGUUCUCUUCAUUUGCAUUGAGACCCUGCAAGGGCGCGAAAAAGAAGCCCUGCAUCUGUUCAUGCAAGGGUUACAGCUCAUUCAGGCUCUGCGCGUCCAAGUCUCGUCUGGCGUGAUUCCACCCUCCAAGGCAGUUUUGCUGGAGGAUGUGAUUGUCCCGAUCUUCAUCCGGCUCGGAGUGAUCGCUUUUAGUGAUUCGGCCACUCGGAUGAACAGUCUACUGAGAGCUCAUACCCCAGUAUGGUCGGCUGAAUUCGCAUCCUUGAGAUGCGCGCGCGAAGCUCUCACUAGUCUAGGGGCAGAGACCAUGCUCUUCGAGCGCCAGUGUCUGGCCGAGCUAUCGCAGGCGGAUUGCUUUCAUGUCAGCGAAAGGUUGCUUCACACACAGGCGAUAUUCUUCGAGCGAUUGAAAGAGUGGGACGUCGCGUUUAAGAGGCUUCUGGAUUCGCUCCAUGACAAAGGGCCACUCUCCCAACACCAGGUGGUCAACAGCGCGCUUCUCAUAGCGUACCACAAGACCACCACCAUUCUAGCGACCAUUUGCGUAUCCUCACUCCAAACCAUGGCGGAUCACUGUCUGGAGGACUUCCAGAUCAUUAUCAACCAAUGUGGCCUUGCUCUCGACGCGUCCAGACGACGUGACGGCACACAGCCUCCAUUCACAUUUGAUCUUGGUGUUGGACUGCCCCUGUGGUUCACGAGCCUCCGAUGUCGUGAGCCGCGCAUUCGACGCGCCGCAGUCGAGUUACUCCGUCGAGCGCCGCCGGUGAUGGGCUUUUACCGUGCUACGGCGGCUGUUAGUUUUGCAGAAAACAUUAUUAUGCUAGAAGAAGGAAACGCGAUGGCGCUGAGACCCGCGAGUAGGCCUCAGUCUUCCACAGAGCUGGUCUGGGACCAGGGUGCUGAGGGUCGCAUCCCUGGCCAUAGUUUAUCCCGGGAACAGGGCAGGCUUGUGGCUACUUCGGACAAUGAUGCCCACCUGGCGCUGGCGGACAUUCCGGAAGAAGCGCGAAUCGGACCGAUUAAUGUCGUGCGUCAGGACGAGAGCUCGUCACCGCGAACCAUGCAAGAGGGUGUAAUGAAUAGCGAUGAUUCCAGCAACGAAGUGACGGGGAUGCGGUUUACACGGAAUCGGCGGGAUCCGGUGCAGAAUACAUGGCAGCGGGUGCAUGAAUACCUGCCUUUAUGAAUGAGGGCAAGGGGGACAGACAGAGCAAGAAUAGCAAUUCCAGAGGAAGACGCAAUACUUUACUGCAAUGAAAUAGCAGUCAC